GUAGUGGGAGCACCACCUCCGCACAGGCACCUCGCACCAGUGGAGUCUGGUCUCUGCAGCCCCUAACAGUCUCUCCCCCCCGAAAGCGAGACCCCUCGUCUCAAGGAGGUUCUUGCCCUCACGGCAUCGUCGUCGUUUGUGUUGCUGAUUUAUUUUUUCUUACUAUAAGCUGAGGGGGACGCGAGAGUCCUGACAGAGGCGGCACGAUGACAGCUGUCGAAACCCAAAUGACAUACAGCAACUCCUACACGAUCCACCAUGAAGAAGCGUACAUGACCCAAGAGGAUGACUGGGACAGGGACCUGCUGCUGGACCCUGCCUGGGAGAAGCAGCAGAGGAAGACCUUCACAGCUUGGUGUAACUCCCACUUGAGGAAGGCUGGGACACAGAUUGAGAACAUUGAAGAGGAUUUCAGAAAUGGCCUCAAACUCAUGCUGCUGCUGGAGGUCAUAUCAGGUGAGAGGCUGCCCAAACCCGACAAAGGCAAGAUGCGUUUCCACAAGAUCGCCAACGUGAAUAAAGCCCUGGACUUCAUCUGCAGCAAGGGGGUCAAACUUGUGUCUAUUGGUGCUGAGGAAAUUGUUGACGGUAACGGGAAGAUGACCCUUGGUAUGAUCUGGACCAUCAUCCUGCGCUUCGCCAUCCAGGACAUCUCUGUGGAAGAGACCUCUGCUAAGGAGGGUCUGCUGCUGUGGUGCCAGAGGAAGACUGCCCCCUACAGGAACGUCAAUGUGCAGAACUUCCACAUCAGUUGGAAGGAUGGCCUGGCUCUGUGCGCCCUCAUCCACAGACACAGACCUGACCUCAUUGACUACUCCAAACUGAGAAAGGAUGACCCUAUUGGUAACCUGAACACUGCCUUCGAGGUGGCUGAGAAGUUCCUGGACAUCCCCAAGAUGCUUGACGCUGAAGAUAUUGUGAACACACCCAAACCUGAUGAGAAGGCCAUCAUGACCUACGUGUCUUGCUUCUACCACGCCUUUGCUGGCGCUGAGCAGGCUGAGACAGCUGCCAACCGUAUCUGCAAGGUGCUGGCCGUCAACCAGGAGAAUGAGAAACUGAUGGAGGAGUACGAGAAGCUGGCCAGCGAGCUGCUGGAGUGGAUCCGCCGCACCAUCCCCUGGCUGGAGAACCGCGUGGCAGAGCAGACCAUGCGCGCCAUGCAGCAGAAGCUGGAGGAUUUCCGUGACUACCGCCGCAUCCACAAGCCACCCCGCGUGCAGGAAAAAUGCCAGCUGGAGAUCAACUUCAACACCCUGCAGACCAAGCUGAGGCUCAGCAACAGGCCCGCCUUCAUGCCCUCCGAGGGCAAGAUGGUGUCGGAUAUUGCCAACGCCUGGAAGGGUCUGGAGCAGGUGGAGAAGGGCUACGAGGAGUGGCUGCUGACCGAGAUCCGCCGCCUGGAGAGACUCGAUCAUCUGGCUGAGAAGUUCAAGCAGAAGUGCAGUAUGCAUGAGGCCUGGACUGGAGGUAAGGAGGACCUGCUGUCCCAGAAGGACUACGAGUCGGCCUCUCUGAUGGAGAUCAGAGCCCUGAUGAGGAAGCACGAGGCGUUCGAGAGCGACCUUGCCGCUCACCAGGACAGAGUGGAGCAGAUCGCUGCUAUCGCCCAGGAGCUGAAUGAGCUGGACUACCACGAUGCUGCCACAGUCAACGCCCGCUGCCAGGGCAUCUGUGACCAGUGGGACAACCUGGGCACCCUCACUCAGAAGAGGAGGGACUCACUGGAGCGUGUGGAGAAACUGUGGGAGACUAUUGACCAGCUGUACCUGGAGUUUGCCAAGAGGGCGGCGCCCUUCAACAACUGGAUGGACGGAGCCAUGGAGGACCUGCAGGACAUGUUCAUUGUCCACAGCAUUGAGGAGAUCCAGAGUCUGAUCACCGCUCACGACCAGUUCAAGGCCACUCUGCCCGAGGCCGACAAGGAGCGCAUGGCCACCAUGGGCAUCCACAACGAGAUCCUGAAGAUCGCCCAGACCUACGGCAUCAAGCUGUCCGGAAUCAACCCUUACACCAACCUUUCCCCCCAGGACAUCAGCAAUAAGUGGGACGCUGUGAAGCACCUUGUUCCCCUCAGAGACCAAAUGCUCCAGGAGGAGGUGGCCAGACAGCAGGCCAACGAGAGGCUGAGGCGCCAGUUCGCUGCCCAGGCCAACAUCAUCGGACCCUGGAUUCAAACCAAGAUGGAGGAGAUCAGCCACGUGUCUGUGGACAUUGCCGGCUCCCUGGAGGAACAGAUGAACAGCCUGAAGCAGUACGAGCAGAACAUCAUCAACUACAAAUCCAACAUUGACAAGCUGGAGGGAGACCACCAGCUCAGCCAGGAGUCCCUCAUCUUCGACAACAAGCACACCAACUACACCAUGGAGCAUGUUCGCGUGGGCUGGGAGCAGCUGCUCACCACCAUCGCCAGAACCAUCAAUGAGGUGGAGAACCAGAUCUUGACCCGCGAUGCCAAGGGCAUCAGCCAGGAGCAGCUCAACGAGUUCAGGGCCUCCUUCAACCACUUCGACAGGAAGAGAAACGGCAUGAUGGACCCAGACGACUUCCGUGCCUGCCUUAUCUCCAUGGGUUAGGAUCAGGGCGAGGUGGAGUUUGCUCGCAUCAUGACCCUGGUGGACCCCAACAACACAGGCGUGGUGACCUUCCAGGCCUUCAUUGACUUCAUGACCCGCGAGACUGCCGAGACCGACACUGCAGAACAGGUCAUGGCCU